AUGGUAUUAUUAUAUUUGAUACUCAAUACUAUUAAUGCUACUUUACUUAAAGAUAUCAGCAAACUAUAUGAAGACCUUAGAUAUAAAGCCUAAUAUUUUAUAACAUAGACACCAAAAAAUAUGAUGGAUUCAAACUUUGGUUUUAAAUCUUAGAUGAUUGACUUUUCAGAUUUUAAUGAAGAUGAGGAUGAGAAUGAAAAUGAAUAUUAUACAGAUCAAAUUCAAUAAAUACCUUUUGUUUAAGAACUAGAAUAAAGAAUGCGAAUUUUACAAGAAGAUCCAGCAAAUACAGGACCAAUCUUUAAUACGACUGUUGAUGAGUAUUAUAAAUAAGGGCCUUUAAGUUCAAUUUAUUGUGGUUUUGGACAAUAGAUUUUAUUGAAUGUCACAUAAUUUUAUUGUUCUUAAUAAAGAGUUACCAAAAAAUAAUAUGAUUUAGAAACCAAAAAAGAUCUCUGCGAUAUAAGAUAUAGAUUGUCAUAUGGAUGUUUAUGCCCACCUGACUUUUAUGACAUUUAAUGUUUGAAAUGGAACCGAAUAAUUUGUGAAAUAGAUUAACCCUACAAAGAUUGUUAGAGUGUAAUUGAUAAAGAUUAUUACAACCAAAAGAUAGAUGGAAAUCCUCCUUGUUUUGAAUUGUAAAAUGAUACAUCUGUUGAAAAUGUGAGAGCAGUUUGUAGGAACUAUGAUUUAUAAUUGCUCCAUCCUUCAGUGUAUUCGUCAGAAGAAAGCUUCGAAGUCAUAUGGAGCAAUUAUUCAAGAGGAAUUAGUGGUUUAUCAUUGUAAAUGUAUAAAUUUUCUCUUCCUAAUCCUAAAGAUCCGAAUGACCCUUAAUUUUACAUUCAAUUUGCUCUUUCAGAAGAAGAAGAGAAACAACUCUAUAAGUUUGACUUUUAACCAUUAUUUCUUGAUUUAUAGAAUCUCAAAAGCUCAUUCUAGUUUACUUUAAAGCCCUAUAUCACUUAUAUUAAUUGGACCAAUCUACGACUAUCCAAAACAACAUUGAUAUAAUAAAACCUAACUCAAAGUCAGCUUUUAGGGUAGGAGUACAUAACAAUUACAAUUAAUACUGAGAACUUGAAUUCUCUAUUUGGUAGAUACUCAGUUGAAAUUGGACUCAUCAUCAAUAUCACUCAUUUUUAUUCCAUUUAUAAAUAUGUCCACUAACUCGAUUUUCAAGAUACUCUAAUUUACAAACCCUAAUAUCAGCCAAAAAUAUUAUUCUUUGAAGAUCUAUCCUAUAAAGAAUCUGUUUAUGAAGAGUCAUCAAAUCAAACUCUUAAAAUAGAAGUACUCGCUAUGAUAUUAAUUUUUUUGAUCACUUUAUUUUUAUGCUUUAAAUAUCGAUACUUUUUGUUUACUAGAUAAAGCAUAGUCAAAUAGGAACAAUACUAAAGCGUUCAGACUCCCAGAAAGGAAGCAGAAAGGAUGAUUUAAAUUUCCUUAAAUAAUAAUAUUAUUUAAUUAAUGAUAAUAUUAUUUACGUUCAUUGCGUAUUCGUAUUCUCGAUGUGCAUUCUCUGUGGAAUGUCAAGGAAAUAAUUGUGAUCCAUUAGAAGUUGAUACUGAACCCUUCGUUGCUCGUAUUUCAUAAUGUCCCCAUAUGGAUGGAACCAUGGUGUGUUGCAACAAGAAUUAAGAUGACCAAAUGCAACGAAAUUUCUAAGCCAUUGAUGCCUCUUUUGGCAAUGCUGGUGGUGGAUGUGAUUUAUGUGCCUAUAAUUUGAAGAAGUUCUGGUGUGAGUAUACUUGCAGUCCUAAUUAGAGUAAUUUCUUAAGCACAAACGGAUAUGAAAACAUGAAAGACCCACUAAAUCCCAAGAAUAUAUUGACAGUUUAGAAAGUUGAAAUUAAAGUCAAACCUUAAGUGGCAUGUGACAUAUGGUCAUCUUGCAAGAGAACACAAUUCGCUUCUUAAGUAACAGCUAUGAAAACUCCAGGAGGAUUCUUUAAUUUCCAAGGAGAACAGGCAGUUGGUUAAGCUAAAUAAUUCAUAUCAGUCAAGUUCGUUGAUAAUGACGAAGAGACUAUUAACUUUGAUUUUGUUCCUAAUUGCAAAUAUGAGUAUCCUGCUGGUCCAGAUGGCAAAAUAGUUACACCAGAUGGAUUUGUUAUAUCCGAAAGAUGUUCUUGUAAUAACUGCGAUCUCAUGUGUCAUGACGAAGAAAUACUCUAUUAAGCCACUGGUGUUUUUGAAGGCUUUAAUGGAUACUUGGUAUUAUGGGUCUGGGCAGGAGCUCUUCUAAUUGCUGCAUUAAUCACAGGAUUUAGACAUUAUAAAUCAAGGGCUGAGAACGAUAUCUUAAUAGAACCUAUUUGAUUUAGUUCUUUAUUCAUUGUUAAUUUGUAAAAUACUAUAUGCUUAUA